UGUUCAUUCUCAUUUUUUUGUCGAUCGAUCGAUCUCAUCAGAUUUACCAUUUUUUAUAAUAUAUUUUUGUUUUUCAGGGUUUAAAGAUGUGUUCUAUCGGUGUUUGGGGCGAUUACGCAAGGGUGGAGCUUUGGAAGAAACGCGCUCGUGUAUACGUUGAGAAAACUAAGAGAUUUCUUGUAUCGUUGUGUCGGGAAAUCUGGAAAGCGGGUCGAGAUGAUCCACGAAAGGCAGUUCAUUCAAUCAAAGUCGGGUUAUCACUAUCGUUGGUGUCUUUGUUAUAUCUUUUAGAGCCAUUGUUCAAAGGGGUAGGGGCCAACGCCAUAUGGGCUGUCAUGACCGUUGUUGUCGUUCUAGAGUUCACUGCUGGGGCAACUUUAUGUAAAGGAUUGAAUCGAGGUCUGGGAACAUUGUUGGCGGGAUCUUUGGCCUUCUUAUUUGAGUUUAUUGCUAGAGAAAGUGGGAAGGUCUUUUAUGCCGUUUUCAUAGGAACUUUCGUUUUCCUCGUCGGUGCCAUGAGUACAUACCUGAGGUUUUUUCCCAAAGUAAAGAAAAACUAUGAUUAUGGUAUUGUUAUAUUCCUCUUGACAUUCAAUCUGAUUACUAUAUCAAGUUACCGAGUCGAAGAUGUACUAAAGUUAGCACGUGAGCGUCUCUACACUAUGGCAAUUGGUUCCGGCGUUUGCAUCCUCAUGAGCCUUUUCAUUUUCCCGAUUUGGUCCGGAGAAGAUCUUCAUACGUUUUCGGUUUCCAAAAUCGAAGGUUUGGCGAAAUCAAUGGAAGCCUGUGUGGAUGAAUACUUUAGUGAUAGGGAAGCCGAUGUGGGAAAAGAUAAAUCGAUGGAAGACCCUAUUUAUGAGAAUUACAAGGCUGUUUUGGACUCUAAAUCAACAGAUGAAACCCUAGCGUUGUAUGCGAGUUGGGAGCCACGACACACGUGGCACUGUAAUCCAUUCCCAUGGCAACAAUAUGUUAGAUUAGGAGCGGUUCUGCGUCAUUUUGGAUACACAGUUGUCGCUCUACACGGUUGUUUACAAACUGAAAUUCAGACUCCAAAGUCGGUUCGAUUGCUGUUCAAAGAUCCGUGCACUCGCCUAGCAACCGAAGUAUCAAAAGCCUUAACGGAAUUGGCCAACAGUAUACGAAACCAUCGCCAAUGUUCACCGGAAAUACUCUCAGAUCACCUCCACCAAGCUCUACAAGACCUUGACACCGCCUUGAAAUCCCAACCGCGUCUCUUUCUUGGGGGAAAUGGCUCUAACCCAGCCAACAUGCUAGCCUUGGUGGCCCUAUCAAAACCCGAAAAGCAGUUAUCCAGUGUAAAAACAGAAGCAUCAGCAUUGUCUGAGUGGAGAUCAAAACGGGUUUCCAAGCAAUCGAUAGAGGCCGAGAGGAGGUCGUUGAGACCCACAUUAAGCAAGAUUGCAAUCACGAGCUUAGAAUUCUCAGAGGCGUUGCCCUUCGCCGCCUUCGCUGCCUUGCUGGUGGAGGCUGUGGCCAAACUUGAUCUUGUGAUUGAAGAAGUUGAAGAACUGGGUAGGAUUGCUUGUUUUAAAGAGUUUGAAUUAGUUGGUGACGGUGUGAUCCUGAAUGUUGAAGACAAAUCUAAAAUAGAUGUUAAUUUGCCUAGCAAUACUUCAGAGUAAUUUUAACGUUCUCUUUUAUUAUUUGUUAAUAUUAAUUAGGUGUUGGUUGACACUCAUUUUAUACAUACGAUUAGGUUCCCACUUA